AACACCUUGUUGAUGAGAGAGGUCAACAGAGAAUGGCCAGACUGGUUUGAACUGACAAAGUCUAUGGUGUCUGUUACAGAAGACAAGCAGGUGGACGACAGAACUAUGAGCACAGGAAGAGAGAAAACAUUGCCCAAAGAUAAAGGUAUAGAGAGGAAACAUGACAAAGAGGUGUACACUGACAGAAGUGACUGGUGGAGAAACACUAUUAAGAACACUCCUAUUCCUGGCAGUUACCACAUCCGAGACUUCAUAGAAGAGACAGGUCUCAACCCAGUGCCAAGGACAUAUGGUUUCAAAGGCACUGGGCGAAACACCCACAUGCCGUGUGUGCGUAGAGGGGAUGUGUUAUUGCCUGGGGCAUAUAACUUCACAGAUUCAACCAAAGAUGCACUCCAGCGCCAGGCAACUUACUCUUUCAAAAACUGCCCCAGACCUGAUAACUACACAUUAGGCGUCAGGGAUAAGGAUAUUAACCUCUCACCCGGUCAUUAUGAUGUUAUGAAGAAGCCAGUCCCCAAAUCACCCUGCAAACACGUGAUGUUCCGUUCAGCGGUACAGAGGGUCAGCUUUCUCCCUAAGGAGGGACCUGCGCCUGGAUCUUACAACCCGAGGCCAAGCACAGGCACUGCAGUCACUUCCUGCUUUAGGUCCACAGUACCCCAGCUGUACAAUGUGCACUCUGGAACUCCGGGACCUGGCGCAUAUGAGCCCACAUGGCACAAGGGUCAACGGUUGAGCGCUGAGGUCAAAGGGGACUGGGCCCAUGACCUCUUCUUUCGCAACAUACCGUGAACUGUCCUGCCCACAUAUAUAUAUAUAUAUAUAUAUUUCUUCAUAAUUUUGCAAGUAGAGUGCUCUGCCUGUUAAACAUGCUGUAAGUGAUUUAUUUUUUUAUUUUCACACAUAAAAAAUCUCAGAGCUCAAGCCCAGUCAUGUGCUUGAGCUCCUCUUUUUUCCCGGAAAAAACUGUAAAGACUGGCUCUGUGGUGUUUGUUUGAGCAUACCAGCCAGCCCGACAUGGCAUCAUUAGCUGAUUAGCUAUGAACAUAACCAGUGGUGUGAGUUUGAGGCAGGGCUAUCUGUUAGUUCACCCAAUGGCAGGAGGGGGAAAUGUUUGGGAAACCUGUUUAAAAGAGUCAUUAUUUUUGCAGUUCUAUUUGGUGAUGCUCAUGGCGCAGAAAUUACACACUUCAGUUUUGAUUGCUCUGACAAU